AUGACCGAGCUUCUUCAAAACCAAUCAUCAAUGACUAAGAUUUGUGACGAGCUUGCACAAGUUAUCGACGCAAGAAAAAAAAUUGAAGAAGCUGACAUUGCUCGGUUGCCCUAUCUUCAAGCUGUCAUAAAAGAGACUCUUCGACUCCACCCUCCCGCUCCACCGUUGUUGCCACGCCAAGCAAAAGUGAUGGUCAAAAUAGAAGGUUACACAAUACCCAUGGGUUCACGCUUGUUCAUAAACAUAUGGGCAAUAGGCCGAGAUAAAGAUGUGUGGACUGAACCUGAGAAGUUUAUGCCAGAGAGGUUCUUGGGUUCAACUAUUGACUUUAGGGGUAUGGAUUUUGAGCUCCUUCCAUUUGGUGCGGGGCGUCAAAUCUGCCCUGGAAUAACAUUGACAAUUCGGAUGGUGCAUGUGAUGCUCGCUUCGUUGUUAAACCAGUUUAGGUGGAGUCUCCCUGUUGAGAUGGAACAUGAUGGGAUUGAUAUGGAAGAUCAGUUUGGCAUUACACAGCGAAGGUCGUGCAUCUUUGUAUUAUAGCAACACCAAUUUGAUCCGGUAAGAAAUUUGCAACAUUUUUAAGAGUGGAUUAAUUAGAUGUUCUAAUGUGUAAUAAUUCAACUGAAUGAGCCAUGUAAUUUGUACCAUUAUUUAUGUGACAACUUCCAUA